AUGUCUUCUGUAGAGGAAGCAGAGUCUGAGGAGACGAAUUGUCCCUCAGACUCGUGGGAGAUCACUGGGGUGGAUGAGAGUGCUCUGUGGGAGGUGCUUGGUCCUGAUUUGAGGAUUGUGAUGAUUGGGAAAACUGGUGUGGGUAAGAGUGCUGUUGGAAACACCAUCCUGGGAAAAACACAUUUCAGCUCUUGUCCCUUAGUGGGGUCAGUCACCGAGGUCUGUCAAAAAGGUGUGGCACAGUUGGGUAACAGGUCAGUUAGUGUUGUAGACACACCAGGGAUCAUGGACGUUGGAAAUUCUGAUGAGUUCAUCAAAAAAGAAAUCAAGAAAUGUGUUGAAGACUCCUCUCCCGGUCCUCAUGUGUUCCUGUUGGUCUUCCAAGUCGGUCGAUUCGCUAAGGAGGAGAAAAACUCAGUGAAAGCCCUGCAGGAGCUGUUUGGCCCAGAGGUAAACCAGCACAUGAUUGUGCUGUUCACCCGUGGCGGUGAUCUUGAAGACAUGACCAUAGAGGAGUAUGUAAAUGAAGCUGAUCUUGGACUUCAGCACAUCAUUGAAAGCUGUGGAAACAGGUUCCACGUCUUUGACAACACCAGCAAAGACAGAAAGCAGGUGGAGCAGCUGGUCAAGAAGAUUGAUGACAUGGUGGCAGCAAAUGGAGGCAUACACUACACAGACACCAUGUAUAGACAGGUGGAGGAAGCACACAGUAAGGGAUUGGCCGUGGAUGAGUGUAAAUUCACUGAGUCGCUGCUUCAGCGUAUCAAAAUGUUUCGUACUGUUCUUCAUGGAGAUUAA